UACUUGUCUUGUGCGUCACACAUCCCCAAGGUGGUAACUUCUAGAUUGACACAUGGGCCCCAUUUUGUAAAGCUGUAAGUUAAUGCUUCAACGGGUGUGAGACCAGCUCUCGACGGCACUUCUUGUUUGCCACUUUUCGAAAGCAUUUAACGUCGAUACGUUUCUUAGCUCUAUGGAUGCCGUUUCUUUCGAGUCACUGCGCAUGCUUCCCCGCCGGGUGCAUCAUGGGAGAAAGGAGGCGGCUGGGAAAUGCCGGCUCGGGCUCCUCAGCUCUGCGCGUGCGUGCCGGAGCGGCAGGUAGACUUAAGGCAAAGGAGGCGAUGCCCGGAGAGGAUCUGCAACUGCCAGUGCACUGACAACACAGCAACAGCAUGGAUUCCAAACGUUGCAGUCAGUCUGCUCGAUGGUCCAAGUCAGCCAUUUAUACACUGCUUCUAGGAGGCACCUUUGUUGCAUUGGGGUCAAGUCGUAUCCUUCUGAUGAAAUACUCUGUCAAUGAAGAUAAUAAAUAUGAUUAUCUUCCUGCAACUGUGAAUGUGUGCUCAGAAUUAGUUAAGCUUGUUCUUUGUUUGAUAAUGGCUCUCUGGGUAAUCAGAAAAGGAGGAUAUUCCCAUAGUGGAUUUGGCUGCAGCUCUUGGAGGCAAUUGUAUAGCUAUAUAAAGUGGUCAAUUCCAGCUUUUCUUUAUUUUUUAGAUAAUCUGAUUGUCUUCUAUGUGUUGUCCUAUCUUGAACCAGCAAUGGCGGUUCUGUUCUCAAAUUUUGUUAUCAUAACAACAGCUCUUCUAUUCAGAAUAGUGCUGAAGCGACAGGUCUCCUGGGUGCAGUGGGCCUCUUUGCUGAUUCUGUUCCUGUCUAUUGUAGCUCUGACUGCAGGGACAGGAAGCAAUAAGCAUAGCUUGGCUGUGCAUGGAUUUCAUCAUGACAUUUUUCUCAGCCAUUCAAACAGCUGCCUGCAGUAUACCAAGUCAGAAGAAGAAUGUUGGGGAAAAGAGAACUGCACUCUUAGAUGGUCCUUCCCUGGUUUUAGCUGGAAUGUCACAACUACGGCAGGACCCAUGAAAACAGUUCGUCUUGGACUGGGACAUCUGCUGAUACUAGUACAGUGUUUUAUUUCAGCAUUAGCCAAUAUCUACAAUGAAAAAAUACUGAAAGAAGGAGGCCAAUUCAGUGAAAACAUCUUCGUGCAGAAUACCAAGCUGUACCUCUUUGGAGCUAUGUUUAAUGCUCUGAUGCUAAGCCUCCGCCCUGAAAACAGGCGCCGGAUAGAGUAUUGUGGUUUUUUCUAUGGUCACAACAUAUUCUCUGUGGCCCUUAUUUUUGUCACUGCCUUCCUUGGGCUCUCCGUGGCCUUCAUUCUGAAGUUCCGAGACAACAUGUUUCAUGUUUUGACUGCACAAGUUACAACAGUGAUCAUCACCACUGUGUCAGUUUUUGUAUUUGACUUUAAGCCUUCCAUGGAGUUCUUCUUGGAAGCACCUGUAGUUCUUUUGUCUAUAUUUAUCUAUCACUCCAGCGGCCCUCAUUGUACGGAACACACUAUUCAGUGGGAAAGGGGCAAACAUAAUGGAGGUGCAUGGGAGCGCUCUAGUGGGGAUGGAGAAGAACUUGAGAGACUCACCAAACCAGGCAGUGAUCAUGAUUCAGAUGAGGAGGCCUUAUAGCAAAUGGUGGUCACAACUAAAAUUUGGGGGAGAUCGCCUGGACGUUCAUGCCAAGUAGAUAAUGGGAAGAGCCAAUUCACAAAGUAUCUCCUAUGAGUAACAUAAUCAGGCAUAAAGCACAAAAUUACUAGAUUGUAACCAGCAGUCCUCCACCCACCUCAAUCAUUCAUGAGUUUUCUGUCCCAACUCUUCCAUCUGGUUGUGGAAGGCUCUUUCCCAGCAUAGAAUGAGAGAGCAGGAAACUUUCACAGUGGAAGUGGUGGAAAUUUCUCACUGUUUUCACUGAGGUGGGAUUUUUUUUUAAGUUCUGCUAGAUGAUAUUUUAACUGUUCACCAAACAAAGGAUAUUAGGGUGGGAUUAGAAAAAUCAGUGGAGAUUAUAAUUUCUCCUAAUCCUCGUGACUAUAUAUACUAAUAGUGUUGAAGACCAUACGCCUCUGAGUAUUAAAUGCAAUUGGAAUUUUGGGGAGAUCUACAUAUUCUUGCCAAAUGGAUGAUGGCAGGAUAGUUUGCCUAUUUACAAGCUACAAUUCACAUAAUCAGUCAUAAAGCACUGAUUUACUAGAAUGCUAUCAAAAUAUUAAUUAUUGGGAAUUAUUGAGGGCAAUCGUCCUUUUCUUCUGAUCGUAGACUUCCCAUAGGCAAUUAGUUGGUCAUUGUUGAAAAGAGGAUACUGGAGCAAAUAAAGAGAUUUUAUGUGAUCCAGCAGAACUGUUCAUGUUUCUGUGUACUUGAUCUUCUAAAAUGAAGAUUUAUUUUUGCAGCAAGAGUCAUUGGAAUUCAGAAGAUUUGGCUGCAGAAGAGAAGCAUCAUUUUGAACCAUGUAUUUUGAGACAGUUGGGGGUUUUUUCCACCUUAAAAUAUAGAGACUGAUGCUGACCAAGAUAUCUCAGUUCAAAGAUGAUGUGAGAGAAGAAUUUAUUGAUGGAAUUAUGAAAGCUACCAUAUUGUGGAAAUCCAGAAGCACAGUCCUCAAAAUAUUGCACACUACAAAUACAAAGAUAAAAUGGUAACAUUUCUUAUGUGUAAAAUGUGCUUUACCCUUUAAGUUUUGGAAAAUAUUGUUGCCAUCAUGUGUUGUAUGCCUUGGGUACCAUGUAAAUCAUCAGUCUUUUAUAUGACUACCCCUGUGAUAUCCAGUGUUAAAAUCUGCAUGUUUGAGCCUCAAAAUUACAGUAAUUAGGAUAUCAUUUGAAUAUGAAAACCAAUAUUUGGGCACCUAGCAUUUCUUCUAAAUGCCUUCAUCAUCACAAUUCAGAUGAGUUAUCCAGCUGAUGGAUCCAUUAAAUGAAUGGGAAAUUAAUAACAUUACUUUCUAGCCAUUUUGCACAUUUCUGUACAAUCUGGGUACUAUUUUUACUUUUGCUACAUGAAAAUAGAUGAAUUGUGUAUUUAAGCAUAAAAUUUAAGAUUACUUCUUUCAAAAUAUACUAACAGGAUCAUCCUUCCAGGAUAAUGCAAAACAGGAUCCAGAAAGAUAAAUUGCUCCAAGUAUUUAUUCAUUCUUAGCCAGUGUAGCUAAAGAGAUGAAGGGAAUUGCACUCUUAACAUCUGAGGGUUGGGUGAUAAAGGUUUCUACUCCUAGUAUAAACCAUGUAACACUGGAUAAAACUGCAUUUCUCUAUUUUUACAUGCAUGUUAUUCACAAACUGUGUGUUCCAAAUGAAUUACUUUCCCUGGUAAAUAAGUGAUGUGCAACUAUCCCAGAUUGGUGCUAUACAGAUACUCCAUCUUUUCUGACUAAUUUAUCCAGUGACUAUCUUUGAUGGCGAAUUGCAAUCCAAUAAUACCUGGAAGUCAAGUUUGGAAAAGAAUCUUUUAUGGCAUGUUGACCAGGAAAAUUUGUAAUCCAGUAUUUCUAAUCUUCAAUGGAAAUUUAAAACAUAGGCCAUCUUUUAUAUCAGCUAAUGCCUUUAAAACUUUGGUCAUAUCUAGGUUAUGUACUAGGAAUGUAAAUUCUUUAAAGAAAAGUUACCUACCCUAUAAAUAUUUCUUUCUUUAUUUGAUUUAUUUAUUUUAUUUUGAUUUGUAUGCCACCCUACUCCAUAGGACUCAGGGCGGCUCACAACAAUCAAAAUCAAACCAGAUAAAAACAUAUUAAAAUGCAAAUUAAACUUAUGUUAAAACUCAUUAAAAUAAUCAAACCCCCAUCAGUCCAGGCUGGGUGAUUUAAACAGCCAUGUCUUUAGCUUUCAGUUUGGAACUAGCAAAUUGGAGUGCCUCCCAAUCCUUGUGUCUUUGAUAUUCAGUCUUUUGUACACAUUCAUAUUUGUGUUAAGUUCCAUAAAAGGCAAAAGAAGUACAGGCAUAAAAUGCAGUGUAACAUAAAAAGUUUGUGCUGAUACAUAUUUAAAGGGUGUUACAAUGCAUGCAAGAUUUUCUGUGGAUACAAUGGAAAAAAUUAUGUUUUUUCGCCAUUGAGAUUCAGAGUGGAAAUGUAUAAAGAAAAUAUUACGAUUGUAUUCAAGACAUUUAGCAACUGUGACAUACAGAGAAUUCUAAAUUAUAUUGUGUAAAAUAAAGCUUGAAUUGUGAUGUGAAGUUUCAUUUCAGUUUUAAAUUUCAAGUUUAAGAUUCAUUUGUAAAGAUGCCUGCAGGGGCAAGAAUUAAUAGUGCAAAAUUAUUGAAGAGGAAUGUAUGAAAAUGCUAGGCAAAUAUUCCCAUCAGGGUUAUUGUGUUGAUAUAAGGUGGUUCUAUUAUUUGCUUAUAUAACAUUUAAUUGAUAUUUUUCUAUAAUGUUGCUACCAUACUGGAACCUGGUAUAAUGAAGCAUCCCUUUGACCCUGCUUUAUCUUUAUAGCAUUUAUUCAGAAAUACUGUUUGAAGUAAGGAUUUCUUUUACUAUCUUUGUUGACGCAAGUAUCCAUUGUGCUUUUAUUUUUUGGAAGCCUUGAUAGUUUCUGAAGUAGUAGUUCUAACAUAACAGUGUUCCUUAACAGCAGUUGUUUAAAUACAGUUGCAAGACAAACUUUGCCUAACUUACCUAAUAGUGCCUGGAAUAAAUUAAAAUUUGGAGGAGGGGUGGGUUGAGUUUCAAUUGUUUUCCAGACCAGAAAAAAAGUAGGCAAAUGGAUGUUGGUUUUAUGCAUACCAAUAGAAUUAGAGACAGAAAAAUUAAUACUUUAGUGACCAAUAUUGACUUUCCAUAACAGUUAGAAAAUCAAUAUUCUAAUACAUAUUUUUCAAAGUUGGCAAUAUCACACAUAUAUACUUAUGUUUUCAGUAAUGUAUGAAUUUGUGCUAGGCUCUUAAUGGAGUCAUUUAAGGUACAUCAAACUGUUGUCCAAACUAGGUAACUCUACCAAAUUUCAAGGCCUUGGAUUCCUUAGAAGUACCUGAUUAAGCAUUCCUGACCUAAUAUAUCCAAAGGAUGAGUAUUAUUAUUAUUAUUGUUAUUGUUAUUGUUAUUGUUAUUGUUAUUAUUAUUAUUAUUGCAAGGGCCUACAUGGCUGUUGGUUUGCACAUGGAGUACUUGAAUGAUUUUCCUCUCCUGUGAAAAUGACCUGAAAGGGUGUUUUCUAAAUAGAAUGUAAAAAUAUGGAAAUAGUUAAAUAUUCAUCUGUUAGCCAGUCUUCUUCAAAAGAUUCUCCUUUUGCAUUCAUGUGGCCUGGCAGACUCACUUAGGGAACAUAUAUUUGUCCACUAAAUAUGUGGUUUGUCUGUGUUUGAGAAAGAAAUCUGCUUUGUUUGGUUUAUAUGGACUUUAACAAGAAAUUUCUUGAAAGAACAUUCUGAAAGUUUUUUGCAUUAGUGGUAUGUAGGUUUUUGGGGGUUUUUUUUUUUUUUUGGCAAAUAUCUAAUAACAAAAAUAAAUAAAAACCAAGACUGUCCAAUUUAAA